UUUAGGUAUGCAAAUAUAUUCUUCUUGUCGAUUGGCCUGCUACAGCAGAUACCCGGAGUAUCUCCUACCGGGAAGUAUGUGACAAUAGUUCCAUUCUUGUUCAUUCUUCUCCUGACAGCUCUCAAGGAGCUACUGGAGGACAUGAAGAGGCACAAGGCGGACAGGAGGGUUAAUCUUAGUGAGGUUGAUGUCCUCGGGGACAAUGGCAGCUUUUCCAAGAAGAAAUGGAAAGAUGUUUGUGUGGGGGAUAUUCUAAAGGUGGUGAACGAUAAAUUUUUUCCAGCUGAUCUUAUUUUAGUCUCAUCAUCAGAACCAAAUGGUAUUUGUUACAUCGAAACUGCAAACCUAGACGGUGAAACAAACCUGAAAAUUAGAUCAGCGCACACAGCUACCAAGGAUAUAUGUGCGCCGGAUGAUUUGAGUCGGACUGCCGGAUACGUCAUGGCAGAGGCGGCCAACAGACAUCUUUACGAGUUCCGAGGAAACAUUGUCUUACACGGAGAUCCUGCAGUUCCUAUUGGUCCGACCCAGCUCCUACUCAGGGGAGCAAGGUUAAGAAACACACAGUGGAUUCAUGGAUUAGUGGUUUAUACCGGCCACGAAUCUAAACUUUUAAUGAAUUCCACGAAAGCACCCCUUAAACGAUCAACCUUAGACAAAGAGACAAAUACACAAAUAUUAUUUUUAUUCUUUAUUCUUGUCGCCCUAGCACUAAUCUCAGCGCUAGCGAACGAGAUAUUAAGCGGGAAUGGAGACAAUCACAGUUAUAUCGGUCUAUCCUUGGAGAAGACAGGUUCUGGGUUUGGAUACCAGUUUCUCACAUUCUUCAUACUUUACAACAAUCUUAUUCCAAUAUCUUUACAAGUAACCCUGGAGCUAGUCAAGGUUAUCCAGGCUCUUUAUAUAAAUAGUGACGAGGAGAUGCAUUAUAUUGACGAGGAAAUGGGAGUGGAUUCAUACGCAUUGGCCCGAACCUCUAACUUGAACGAGGAGCUCGGACAGAUUAAAUACGUAUUCUCUGACAAGACGGGAACCUUGACGAUGAACGUGAUGGAGUACAAGAAGUGUACUGUAGGAGGGAUAUCCUACUCAUUGGACUCAGAUGAAAUGGAUCCACAGCCUCAGAAUAUUCUAGAAAAUCUAAAAAUGGGUGUCGGCUCUCCGGAAAGCAUUGAAGAAUUUUUAGUCCUUCUUUCUGUUUGCCACACAGUUAUUCCUGAAACUAACAGUUUAGACGAGAUAUACUAUAAUGCUGCUAGUCCUGAUGAGAAGGCCUUGGUAGAAGCAGCUGCAAAAUACGGCUACGUGUUUGUAGCCAGGAAACCUGAGAAUGUAACGAUCAGGGUUCCAGAUGGUAGUGAGAGAGUUUACGAAAUAUUAAACGUGAUCGAGUUCACCUCGACGAGGAAGCGAAUGAGUGUAGUGGUUCGAACACCUCAAAAUCAGAUAAAGCUCUAUAUUAAGGGAGCGGAUAAUGUAAUCCUGGAUAGGUUAGGGGAGUCUAGUGAACAACGUGAAUAUUAUGAUUUAACACUACAGCAUUUGGAGAAAUUUGCCAAGGAAGGUUUAAGAACGCUCUGUUUGGGAUUUUGUGUCAUUCCAGAGAUACAGUUACACACGGAUAAAAUGGGAUUGAUAAUAAUCAAUGUGAGCAGUGCUGAGGAAGCUAAGGAAGAGAUAGAAGCAAAUCUGAACACUUUUAAGGAGAAGAAUAUGGUUGGACAAGCUAAUGAGAUGACCCUGGUUCUGGAUGGGAAGUCUCUGUACUAUACUGUUCUCCCUGAUCUCAGGAAGGAUUUUAUUGAUCUGUGUACUAGUUGUAAAGCUGUUGUAUGCUGUAGGGUCAGUCCUAUUCAGAAAGCGGAGAUGGUAGAAUUGGUUCGCGAGCACACAAAAGCAAUAUCACUUGCGAUUGGAGACGGAGCUAACGAUGUAGCGAUGAUACAGAAAGCAGAUGUUGGUAUUGGUAUAUCAGGAAAUGAGGGCCUCCAGGCUGCAAACAGUGCUGAUUUCUCCAUUGCACAGUUCAGAUUUCUCUCACGCCUUCUCUUUGUUCACGGAGCAUGGAACUAUUCAAGAAUCAGCAAAGUGAUACUCUAUUCUUUCUAUAAGAACAUAACUCUGUAUAUAAUAGAGCUCUGGUUUGCUAUUUACAACUACUGGAGUGGACAGGUCCUGUAUGAGAGAUGGACUAUAGGAAUGUAUAAUAUUUUCUUUACCUCCGCACCUCCGGUUGCCCUUGGUCUAUUUGACAGAACGUGUUCAGCAGCUACCAGAGAAAAGUAUCCGUCCUUGUAUCUUUCAUCUCAGAAAUCAGAAAUGUUUAACCACCGCCAAUUCUGGAUCUGGAUUGGGAUAUCCCUCUACCACUCAGUUCUACUCUUUUGGCUGCCCCAGCUAGCGAUGAAGGUUGGGGUCAGCUGGGAUAACGGAAGGAGUGAUGAUUAUCUGGUACUUGGGAAUACUGUUUACACCUUGGUAGUAAUCACAACCUGUCUAAAGGCAGGCCUAGAGAUGGAUGCUUGGACCUGGUUUAGUCAUGGCAGCAUCUGGGGAAGUAUAACACUAUGGUUCCUUUUCCUGAUUGUGUACAGUCAACUUUGGCCAACUCUACCACUCGCUGCUAAUAUGUCCGGGAUGAUCUGGUUACUUGUUUCAUCUCCUGUGUUCUGGUUCAGCUUAUUCCUAGUCCCUGUUAUAACCCUCCUCUUCGAUGUUUGCUACCGAGCUAUCCGGACCACAGUCUACACCUCCGAGGCGGAUAAAAUUAGGAUUGCGGAGAUCAUGGAGCGGGAUCCAGCGGUAUAUGUAGAGGGGAGUAAACGAUCCCCUGGAGAGCAGAGCAGUCUUCUCAAGAACUGGAAGAAUACUUUCUCCAGGACUAAGAAGAGGCAGAAGGAGCUGGACGAUGUAGAAAUGAAUGCUAGGCGAGGAUAUGCCUUCUCUCAGGAAGAGAGAGGUGCGGUUUCACAAACAGAUUAUAUUAGAAGCUACGACACUAACGCAAGAUCUCGAACUAGUUUACCCAGGGUAUCUGGAAACAUUACUCCUGUAUCGAGUGGAUCUGGAGGAAUUUAUCAUUUGUAAGAGACGUUAGAUGAUUAGAGCUGGAAGAAGGAUCAUGAUGCAAUACUUGCAGCAUACAGAAACAAAGAAUAUUUUCGUAGACGGAUAAAAAACCAAGAAAAAUCGGCGGUAUUUCAAGAAAGUGGGAUUUUUUUAGAAUGUGAAUGGUGUAUUAUGGUUUUAAAUAUUCAAAAAUGAAAAAUUGGCUGAUUUUAAUAUAAACAAGCUCACUUUUGUUUGUAGAUAGAAUCAGGAUGAAGUGGAGAGACAUGUUUCUUUAAAUUUUAUUUUCCAAUUUACAUAGUAAUAUUAUUUUGUAGUGAUGGGGUAAGUGGGAUUGUUAACUGUUUUAUUUGACCACAACCCCCUCCCCUCUCCGAAAAUCUUGGAUGCAUUUUGUCUGAGACGUCCGUUAAAUCUGUUUAUUUACAGAAAUCCAACUGAAUUCUAUAUCAGUGAUCAGAAUACAAGUUUAGGCUAUAUUUGACCAAGUAUGUUUUAUUUUUGAACUUGACUGUCAACAUCCUGAGUCCUGAUUGGAAUAAUGAAAUAGUUAAUGUUACUUCGACAAAUUAACUUUUAAUCGACUGAACAUUAACAUCACAAGGUUUUUAUUUUUGUAAUUUGAAAAAAGUCUUGAGAAAAAAUGGAGACAAAAGAUAUCGUUGUUUAAAUCUUCACGAGAAUAGGUGGACAGUAAACAAGACAUUGGACCUUAAACCAAUAUUUAUCUGUGAACCUGCGGGACUUAGUGCUAUUAUUAAAUAAAAAUCUACUGAAGCACAGAGUUCUAAGAAUACCAUCCCAUUAUUAGAAGUAGUAAAAUUUUCUAUCUUUUCAUAUUUUAUUUGUUUGCCAAAGAUAUGUAAUAUAUAAUGGUCUUUAUUAUUUAAAGUAAAUCCACGACCAAACUGGUAUUUUUCUAUGUGUGUACACGGUGAGUCAAAAAAAAUGUCAGGUUGAUUUGCACAAUUUUGCACGAGACUAUACUUCUUACGCUUUUCUUACUCACCCUGUAUGUAUAUUGUACAAUGUACAUUUAUGUAAUGAGCCGAACAUAUAAUAUUAUAAGGAGAAUAAAGUUAAAGUGCCAUACAUGUAGAUAUUUUAUAUUCAAACUCAUGUCUGAUAACUGAUUGUAAAAUACUGUUGCACACUCUGUAUUUGGACGAAUCCGAAACCGUCCUAUAUUUGUUUGUUAAUUUUCAUUUAGAUUAAAAAUAACUUUUUCUUCUCCCGAUAUUUAAAUUUCUAGCUUUAGACCAUCUAAUGGAAUAAUAACAAACAAUUAGUUCAGCUCUCUACUAUGUGAUUAAAAACUGUUAUCAUUGUUAAUAAUUAGAUGUAGAUAUAUAUAUUUUCACCAAAUAUAUUUUAUGUUCUGCAUUUUAAUAUUUCACUACAUGUAUGUUUAAUUAAAGUGAAUGCAUUAACAUAUUGUAAUUUAUCCUAUAUAAAGACUAUUUAAUUUGUCGAUACUUUGAAAGCUUUGAAAAGCAAAUAUAAUAAUAUCCUCUAUAAAAGCUAAUCAAAACCUUUUCACAGACACACUUAUGCAUAUUUUUUUAAUCAAUAUAGUUUUACAUUAUUUUGUUUCUGUGAUAAAAAUAAUUACAUAUUUCUUGGUGGUGGGGAGAUAUUUUGAACCGUGCUGAACCGAAUUUUUUUUUUUU